GAACUGCUUUACGAAUCGCCAACAAAUCCUCCGUUGCAAGACAAUUUACAUUUCACUGUAGACGAUCUCACUUUUAUUUCCAUCCUAGCUUGCACGGAUGGCUCAGUAAUCUCUAAUUCCGGUGUCGAAAUAAAUUACGAAUGGCAAAAUGAAAGCAAGAAAGUAACAACAUGGAGGGCGCUGGAAAUAUCGGAGAGCUGUGUGUUGUGCGAAUCAAACGUACCGCUAUUCCUGGGCGCAUUAUUAGCAGCUCUGAUCAUAUUUAUUCCCCCACUGCUCUGUGCUUAUGCAACCCUUGUAAUUUCCGGAAAAACAAGAACAAAGGGAGCGCAUCAGACGACGCAGUCGAAUUCGCCAUGCAGACUGAACACGGAUAUGAUACAGUCCGAACAAACAGAAAGCACGGAACUUAAAUCAUCUGUUGUUACCAAACGAUCGAUUGGCAUACAACUUUCUGCAUCAUCAACUCCACGAUUUCCGCGUUACAGAGUGGCAAAUUCACCACAACUUACACCAAGAAACGGUGGGCACUCAUCGCUUUCAUUUAACACGGAUCACGAAUUGGAAUACGACUAUUAUGAGCCAGCAGUGCCAGGAUCGUUCCUUACUCCAGCCGCGGACAUCUGUUCCGAUAUCGAUGUUGAACAAAUCAUCGCUUGUUCGGAACUACUGCGAAGUGCAGCUGCAUCAGGGCAUGAUGCUCCUACUCAGAUCGAUGAUCCAUAG